AUCUCAGUUAUUAAAAUAAAAACAGGGAGAAAUUCGUUAAGUUACUACGCUAGAAUCUCUCUCUCUCUCUCUCUCUCUCUCUCUCCCUCAUUUCAGUUUACGAAUCAUAAAACGUUCAAUUCCAAAAAUCUUAUCUGCCAAUUUUCUCCUUUUCCGUUCCUAAUUGUUUUAAAAUUAAUUGAAGGAGAUUAUCUUUUCGUUGUGGAGUGAUCUGGUAGAAGCUUAGUGGGUUUUAGCGUUGUUUCAAGAGGUCGAUCGAUUUUGAAAAUUGAUCGAUCAUGUUAUCGAAUCGUUUUCAAAACGGAAUGGAAACGGCGAGGCUUGUUUGGUCUCGGCUUCCACGUUCGGAAGAAGGUGAUCUUGACGGAGUUGGACUGUUGAGUACUGCAAGCAAUAGGAAUUGUGUAGAGAGCCUAGAUUACGAAGUUAUUGAGAAUUACGCUUAUCGAGAAGAACAGGCACAGAGAGGAAAGCUUUUUGUUGGAUAUAACGUGGGGAUGAAAUGGUUCUUCGCUUUGCUUAUAGGCAUCGGUACUGGAUUUGCUGCUGUAUUUAUCAAUAUUUCAGUCGAGAACUUUGCUGGAUGGAAGUUCUCCUUGACCUUUAAAAUAAUACAGAAGUCAUAUCUGGCUGGUUGUCUAAUUUACAUAUUAAUCAACUUAGCCUUAGUCUUCUCUUCUGUAUAUAUCAUUACCCAAUUUGCUCCAGCAGCAGCAGGAUCUGGUAUUCCUGAAAUCAAGGGUUAUUUGAAUGGAAUUGAUAUUCCUGGUAUCCUUCUUCUUAGAACCUUGAUUGGAAAGAUUUUUGGAAGUAUUGGUUCAGUUGGAGGUGGGUUAGCUCUGGGAAAAGAAGGUCCUCUUGUCCAUACCGGCGCGUGUAUUGCAUCUCUUCUUGGACAAGGUGGAUCCACAAAAUAUCAUAUAAGUUCUAGGUGGCUUCAAGGUUUCAAGAGUGAUCGAGAUCGUCGUGAUCUUGUAACCUGUGGCUGUGCAGCUGGAGUUGCUGCUGCUUUUAGAGCUCCAGUUGGGGGUGUAUUAUUUUCCUUGGAAGAGGUUACAUCUUGGUGGAGGAGUCAACUAAUGUGGCGUGUCUUUUUCACUUCUGCAAUUGUGGCUGUUGUGGUACGUGCUGCAAUGGGAUGGUGUAAAAGUGGAAACUGUGGACAUUUUGGCUCGGGUGGUUUCAUAAUAUGGGAUAUAUCAGGUGGUCAAGAAGACUACUCUUUUGAGGAAUUAUUACCGAUGGCAGUUAUUGGAGUCAUUGGAGGUCUGCUAGGAGCUUUGUUUAACCAACUUACUAUUUAUGUAACUCGGUGGAGAAGAAAUUAUUUGCACAAGAAAGGGAAUCGAGUCAAGAUAUAUGAAGCAUGCCUCAUCUCCGUGAUAACAUCAGUUAUAUCUUUUGGACUACCACUUUUGAGAAAAUGCAGUCCGUGUCCAGACUCUGAUCCUGCCUCUGAAAUUGAAUGCCCAAGGGCUCCUGGAAUGUAUGGGAAUUAUGUAAAUUUCUACUGCAGUAAGGAGAAGGAAUACAAUGAUCUUGCGACUAUCUUCUUCAAUACUCAGGAUGAUGCCAUCAGAAAUUUGUUUAGUGCAAAAACAAUUCAUGAAUUCAGCGCCCAAAGCUUGUUGGCAUUUUUGGUUAUGUUUUAUACCUUAGCAGUAAUUACAUUUGGUACUGCUGUUCCAGCUGGUCAGUUUGUUCCUGGAAUAAUGAUAGGAUCAACAUAUGGCCGUCUGGUUGGUAUUUUUACAGUUAAUCACUACAAGAAGCUCAAUAUUGAAGAGGGAACAUAUGCACUUCUGGGAGCUGCUUCUUUUCUUGGUGGUUCCAUGAGGAUGACAGUUUCUCUGUGUGUCAUCAUGGUCGAAAUCACAAAUAACUUGAAACUUCUACCUCUUAUUAUGCUUGUUCUUCUUAUAUCGAAGGCUGUUGGUGAUGCUUUUAAUGAAGGCUUAUAUGAAGAACAAGCACGACUGCGUGGUAUUCCGUUGCUGGAAUCAAGACCCAAGUAUGAGAUGCGGAAAAUGACUGCCAAGGAAGCCUGCAGAAACCAGAAGGUUCUCUCACUUCCGCGGGUUGUAAAGGUUGCAGAUGUGGUCUCUAUUUUGCAGAGCAACAAGCAUAAUGGCUUUCCCGUAAUUGAUCACACAAGAAAUGGAGAAACACUUGUUAUCGGACUUAUGCUUCGGAGUCACCUACUGGUGCUUCUUCAAUCUAAGAUAGAUUUCCAGCAUAGUCCUUUGCCUUGUGAUCCCAGAGGUGGACCCCAAGGGAUUCGGCACAAUUUUAGUGAAUUUGCUAAACCUGUUUCAAGUAAAGGAAUAUCAAUAAAUGAUAUUCAUCUUAGUUCAGAUGACCUAGAAAUGUACAUAGAUCUUGCACCGUUUUUGAAUCCCUCACCAUAUGUUGUACCGGAAGAUAUGUCAUUAACAAAGGUUUACAAUAUUUUCCGGCAACUAGGAUUGAGACACAUAUUUGUUGUUCCCCGUGCAUCUCGUAUGAUUGGUGUGAUCACUAGAAAGGAUUUGUUGAUUGAAGAGGAAACUGAUUCAACUGCAAUGGAGCUCCAAUCAACUAGUACUUUAAAGCUAUAUCGCGGACUCUCUUUCAAGUCACUAAGGUGGUUAUGUGCAAAUCUCAAGGGUGGAAUGAGAACUAUAAUCUGCCUAACUAAUAAUGUAGUGUGCAAGUCCACGUGUAGGCACAACAGUAAAAAUCAUUCAGUUUUGGUUUUAAGGUUUAAUGGUAGAGGUCAGCGACAUGAGAAAAGAUUGUUGGUAGGAAAUGCAGAUGCAGAGCGCCCACUUCUGAAUGGUCUUUUGAUUCAGGAUCAUGAUAUUCAACAUCAUACGUCUACUACAUAACAUAUUACGGUUCUUCUCCUAAGCUCAAAUUCUCAUUUUCUACAUAAAUUUUUUCGAACGUUUAGGUUAGAUCCGAUAUACCACACUGACUGGAACGCUGUAUCAUAUUAUUAGAAAAUGAAAAAUGUAUAAUAGCUUUGAUAGGCAAGUUGUAUUUAACGGAUUAUCUCUUCAAUUUCAUAUCGGAUUUUGCAA